AUGAGGUUUUCCUCACUAGUAGUCGCAAUAACACUGACCAUUUCAUACACUGCCACUUGUUCUGUCGCUAUCGGUGAUACUUUUAGCGUCAAUCUCAUCCAUCGUGAUUCUGUUGAUUCCCCUUUUUACGAUCGUUCCAUGUCGUUUGCACAACGAAUGGGGCAUUCUUUGCAACGGUCUUUUAAAAACGUGAAACAGUUGAGAAGUAAUAUAAACGGGUUGACAUACCAAGCCGAUACAAUCCCCGAUCACGGGGAGUUUCUCUUGAACAUUUCAUACGGCAAUCCGUCGCAACAAGUCCUUGCCAUUGCCGACACCGGUAGCGACUUCUCGUGGAUGCCGUGUAAGCCGUGCCCUAAAUGUUACAGGCACACGUUUCCACUUUUUGACCCAAAGAAUUCUUCAACCUAUCAACCUAUUGAUUGUGAAUCUGAAACGUGCAAGGCUAUGGGGAUGGUCGCAACUAAUUGCACAGCGACGAAAGAAUGCGGGUUUUUAGCGCUUUAUGGUGACGGAUCGGCUAGUACGGGUACUGUUUCAACAGAAACCAUCACGUUUGGUGAUCGGGUCCUCCCGAAUAUAGUUUUCGGUUGUAGUUUUACUUAUGACGGUUCUUUCCGACCAACGUGGGGUGGAAUCGUCGGGCUUGGUGGUGGCGACUACUCUCUAGUGUCGCAAAUACGCACGUUAGUGCCCGGAAAGUUUUCAUAUUGUUUGAUCCCAUACCCUCACACAAAUGAGUUUUCAAAUAAGUCUAGUAAAAUGAUUUUUGGAGACUUUGACUUUGGCCCAAAUGUUGUCACAACUCCACUAGUCCAAAAAAUCCCAAAAACAUAUUAUCAUGUGACAUUUGAAGGGUUUAGUGUUGACGAUAAGCGAAUAUGUAUUAGUGACGACUUGAACUCUACAAAGCCGUUGAUGAAAGGAAACAUGAUCGUUGACUCGGGGACGACUUUAACAAAGCUACCGCCUAAACUAUACGACGAAUUUGAGACCGCCAUUAAGGAGGCUAUUAAUGCGAGACCUAUUAAAGACCCAGAUCAGGUUUUGAAUCUAUGUUAUCGUUCGGCAACAGUGACUAAGAUGCCGAAAGUCACGAUGCAUUUUGACGGGGCGGAUGUCGAGUUAAGUCUUGAUAACGUGCUUGUGACGGUUAGUAAGGGUAUUAUGUGCUUUGGAUUUUUACCUAGUUCGGACCUCGCAGUUAUGGGGAACAUAGCUCAGUUGAAUCACUUGAUAGGUUUUGAUUUAGAAAACAAUGUUUUGUCGUUUAAAUCUACUGACUGUGAAAGAUUGUAA